AUGGCGUGUCUCGCGUUAGCGCUGCAGCCAGCACAGGGACCAGACCUGCUGCUUCAGACCAAGGUAUGGUUCCCCCCCAAGCGCGCGUUGGCGGCGUGUCAGAGCUUCCGCUCGACGCGGCACGCGGACAGCAGCGUGCGGCAUCACGAGCAGCCGGCGAAUCAGGCGCUCAUGCUCGACCGUCUGGGCGACGACCCCCUGGCUGCUGCGAGCGGGCAAGUCGUCGUCGGCAGCGACCGACGGUACCGCGUGGUGUACCGGCUGGUGAACAGCAUCUACGUGUUGGGGCUCAUGCUGGCGGACGACGAUGAGACAUCGCUCAAUGUCUACAGCUGCAUCAGCACCGUCAACCAGGCCGUCAGUGUGCUGGUGGCGGCGUGCAAGGGCGUGGACGUCACACCCGAGAAGAUAUUCCGCAAGUACACCGAGGUCUACAUGGCGUUCUUCUACGUGCUACAGGGCAUAGGAGCAGCGCGCCUCUCAGCGGUGCUCUCGUACGUGGCGGGCGACGGUGCAGCGCUGCUCGUGCCGCUCGCCACCAACAUGCUCGCCGACGGGGAGAACCGCGCUCGCGGCGCUGCCAGCUGGCGCGUGGCUAAAGCCGAGGCCGUGGAGCGACUGGCGAGCGUGGAGUACAUCCCCCCCGCGCCCCCCACGCCCUCCCCGCGCCCCUCUGCUGCCUCCGACCCGCUGGCGGCGCUGGCGCUGCUGGGCUCCGCGGAUGACCCCUUUGCCGCCAGUGACAGCCUGCUGGGGGGCGGGGGGGGAGAACUCGCGCUGCUGGACGCGGGUCCUGGGGGGGCGGGUGGGGUGGGGGAUGUGGUGGCAGCGGGGGGUGCAGGGAAGAGGCCGGAGAACGAUCCUGCUUCUCUGCUUGCGGAGCUCGAGGUGGGAUGCGCCUCUUUCUGCCGUUCUCUGAUGCCCUCUGGCUUUCUCUGCCUGUUUCUUGCUCCUUCCAUCUCUUCCUCUCGUCUUCUCUUUUCCCGCACCUCGUGUCUGCUACUCCCUCUGCAGUCUACCUUGUCUGCUGCUGCUUCAUCUGCCGUCCAUCUUGCCUGCGGGGCUGUCGUCCGCGCCCCCCCCUCCGCCCUGGACCCAUUCGCGUCAGACAGCAUGGCGGACGCCUUUGGUGCGGACCUGGAGGCGGAGGGGCUUGGGGGACUCGCUGCGCUGGGGGACGACGAGGGGGACGACGCCUGGGGGACGGCGUUUGGGGGGAGCGCGCUGCUGGGGGGGGAUGGGGACGCGUGGGGUGGCGGUCUGGACGCGGCGGAGUUUGGGGUGGAGCAGGGGGAGGAGGACGCGUUUGGGCUGGGCGGCGGGGGGGACCUAGGCACGGCGCUGGGGGGAGGGGAGGGGGCGGCAGGGGGGUCGGCGGUGGCGGCUGCACGGCAGCUGGAGGUGGCUCUGGGACUGGGCGCCAUGGAUGUGUCAACCCCAGCAGCCACCACCCCGCCAGCAGUAACAACACCGGCCACACCAGCGGGCCCAACACAGCCCACGUUCCGAGUGGAGGAGCGCAUCAGUGCGGACUUCCUCGGCUCCUCGCUCACGCGCGUGCGCCUCUCCGGCACCGUCUUCCUCACCCUCCCAACGCCCAAGCCACCAGCGCUUGCUGCUGGGGGAGUGGGCGGUGGCGCUAUUGGUGGGGGAGGCGGGCCGAGGGGGGCGGGGAUGGGGGGAGGAGCGGAGAAGGACGGGAGUGUGCCGGACGAGUUCUCCUUCCGAUUGGAGGGCUCUGGCGCCAUCAAGCGCUGCACCAUGCGGCCGGGCAUAGUGAGCGACCUGGGGAAGGGCUACUUCCACUUCCGCAUGCCUCCCCCGGGCACCACCUUCCCCCCGCUCUCCGCCCCCUCUGCUGUCGCAGCCUCCCCCCAGGCCCCCCCCAUGGCGGACCUGCUGGGGGAGGGGGACGAGGGCAUGAGGGAGGUGGUGAACCCGGGGGAAGGGGAGGAGGGGGCGGAGGGGCGGGCGCAGGAGUUUGUGCUGAUGAAAUAUCGGUUGCAGCCCCGGUACACGCCCAUUCCUCUUCGACUCAGGUUCGUGACAAGGAGGAGUGAUGAAGCACUCUCACUCAUGAUCCAGUAUGUGGCGAACCCGUACCUGCAAGCACCGCUGCUGAACGUCACCUUCAUCCUCUCCCUUGCCUUCUCCCCCGCCUCCCUCCGCCUCAACCCAGAGGCACAGCUUGACCCCUGGACCAAGGAGCUGAGGUGGCACGUCCCACAGAUCAAUUCCAAUGACCCACCGCAACGCUUGAGGGCCCAGAUCCCAGUGAUUCCAGAUGAUUUGGUACAUGGGGCAGCAGAGCGGACAGCGGAGGAGAAGCAGGCAGAGGAGGACCGCAAGGCAAAGGAGAUGGCGGCGUACCGCGUGCGCGUGGAGUUCGAGUGUCGGGGAUCGUCACUGUCAGGCGUUACUGUUGGCGAGGUGAUGGCUUCAGGCAAGCCUCCAUUCGCCGUGGCAGGACAUUCAUUUUCCUCUUCAGAGUACAUAUGCUCGUGA